ACUAGAAGGGAUACAUACGGCGCCACGGCUACUCCUUUGUGUCAAAACCGAAAGUAAACUCGUCAAGGAAAUGGGCAUUUUGAAGAUCGCCAUUAAAUCCAAAAUAAGACCAAUUUUGAAGCCUUAAAAACGGUCAUAAACAUCACAUUACAGUUUGAAGUCAGUUUGUCAUUAUGGAGAAAAGAGAGAGCAGUGAGAGAUCUUCAUCUCCUGAUAACAGCUGUGUGUCUCUGAAGAGUGACAAAUCAUUGCCUCUUCCUCCUACAUUCAGUGAUGAACCAGUGAUCUCUGACCCCAGUAACUGGAAUAAGAGAUCUCCAUCUCCAGAACCCAGCUGUGUGUCUCUGAAGAGUGAUGAAUCAUUGCCUCUUCCUCCUACUUUCAGUGACGAACCAGUGACCUCUGACCCCAGGAUCUCAUGGAGACCUUCAUCUCCAGAACCCAGCUGUGUGUUUCUGAAGCGUAAUGAAUCAUUACCUGUUCCUCCUACAUUCAGUGUUGAACCAGUGACUUAUGGUCAGCAGGAUUCUACUCAACCAGUAGAUGGUGAACUACAGAGAGUCAAAGAGCAGCUCAAAACCAGCAUGAAGAACAAGUAUGAGAGAUUAUUUGAGGGACUGUACCUCCAGGAGAAUGAAAGCCUCCUGAACAGGAUCUACACACAGCUCCACAUCAUAGAGGGAGAGAGUGAAGGAGUGAAUGAAGAACAUGAGGUUUUACAGAUGGAGAAAACAGCCAGAACACAACACUCACAAGACACUCUGAUCUACUGCAAUGACAUCUUUAAAGCCUCAGGUGAACCAGGAUGUGAGGAGAAAGACCAGAUCAAGACUGUUCUUACUAAAGGCAUCGCUGGAAUCGGAAAAACCGUCUCUGUGCAGAAGUUCAUUCUGGACUGGGCUGAGGGAAAAGCCAAUCAGGAUGUAGAUUUCAUGUUUGUGCUUCCAUUUCGAGAGCUGAACUUGAUCCGAGAUCAUCAGUACAGUCUUCACAGACUUCUGCUGGACUUCCAUCCUCAACUUCAAAAUCUGGACUCAAAGAUUUAUGAGGAGUGUAAAGUUGUAUUCAUCUUUGAUGGUCUAGAUGAAAGCAGAAUCACACUGUUGUUCUCAGACGCUCAGAAAGUUUGUGAUGUGACUGAGACUUCAUCAGUGGGUGUGUUGAUGUCAACACUCAUGAAAGGAGAGCUGCUUCCCUCUGCUCUCAUCUGGAUCACCUCCAGACCAGCAGCAGCCAAUCAGAUCCCCUCCAAAUACAUCAACCGUCUGACAGAAAUUCAGGGAUUCAAUGAGCCUCAGAAGGAGGAAUAUUUCAGGAAGAGAAUCAGUGACCAGCAUCAAGCCAGCAGAAUCAUCUCACACAUCAGAAGAGCAAGAAGCCUCCACAUCAUGUGCCACAUCCCCGUCUUCUGCUGGAUCUCAUCCACUGUGCUUCAGAAGCUCCUGGAAGAAGAUCUGAGUGCAGAAAUCCCUCAAACUCUGACUGAAAUGUACAUCCACUUACUGCUGAUUCAGAUCAACAUGAGGAACCAGAAGUAUGAAGAGAGAGAUCCAGAGAAAGUCCUGCAGUCCAACAGAGAAGUGAUUGUGAAACUUGCUGAAGUGGCUUUCAAACAGCUGAAGAAGGGCAAUGUGAUGUUCUAUGAGGAGGACCUGAUUGAGAGCGGCAUAGAUGUCACUGACGCCUCAGUGUAUUCUGGGAUUUGCACUGAGAUCUUUAAGGAGGAAUCAGUGAUUCAUCAGAGGAAAAUCUACAGCUUCAUUCAUCUGAGCGUUCAGGAGUUUCUCGCUGCUUUCUAUGUGUUUUACUGCUAUUUAACAAAAAACAAGGAGCCACUGGAGAUUUUUCUGCAUGAAUUCAGAUCAAACAGAUUUAAAGUAUCUCUGAAUGAUCUACUAACAUCAGCAGUACGUAAAGCCCUUGAGAGUGAGAAUGGACAUCUGGAUCUGUUCCUGCGGUUCCUGCUGGGCGUCUCACUGGAGUUCAAUCAGAGACUCUUACAGGAUCUACUGACACACACAGAGAACAGCUCAGAGAACAUCCAAGAAACCACACAGUUCAUUAAAGAGAAGAUCAAAGAUGAAGUUAAUGAUCUCUCCACUGAAAGAUCCAUCAAUCUGUUCCUCUGUCUGCUGGAAGUGAAAGAUCAGACUCUGUCCAGAGAGAUUCAGGAGUUUGUGAAAUCAGACAAACACUCAGAGGAGAAACUCUCUGCUGCUCACUGCUCAACAAUCGCCUACAUGCUUCAAAUGUCAGAGGAGCCGCUGGAUGAGCUGGACCCCAAGAAAUACAACAUAUCAGAUGAGGGAAGAAGACGACUGAUACCAGCUGUGAUCAACUGCAGAAAAGCUCUAUUUCCUGACUGUGAUCUCUCAGAUCAGCAUUGUGAAAUUGUGUCUUCAGCUCUACAGUCCUCAAACUGUGUCCUGAGAAAGCUGGAUCUGAGUAACAAUAACCUGCAGGACUCUGGUGUAAAGUUUAUUUCUGAUGGACUGAAGAGUCCAAACUGUCACCUGCAGAUACUGAGUCUUGCUGGCUGUAAUCUCUCAGAUCAGCAUUGUGAAAUUGUGUCUUCAGCUUUACAGUCCUCAAACUGCGUCUUGAGAGAGCUGGACUUGAGUACCAAUGACCUGAAGGACUCUGGUGUAAAGUUUAUUUCUGACGGACUGAAGAAUUCAAAAUGCCAGCUGCAGAUACUGAGGUUGUCUGGCUGUAUGGUGACAGAGGAAGGCUGUGGUUAUUUGUCUUCAGCUCUGAGUUCAAACCCCUCACACCUGAGAGAGCUGGAUCUGAGCUACAAUCACCCAGGACAAUCAGGAGUCCAGCUGCUCAACCACAAACAGGAGGAUCCAAAUUAUAAACUUCAGAUACUCAAUGUGGAUCAUGGGGGAGAGAUCAGGAUGACAGCAGGACUACAGAAGUAUGCCUGUGAUCUCACACUGGAUCCAAACACAGCACACACUCGACUCAUUCUGUCUGAUGAGAACAGGAAGAUCACAUAUGUGAAAGAUCAUCAGCCAUAUCCUGAUCAUCCAGAGAGAUUUGAUGGUGUUCAUCAGGUUCUGUGUGUUGAGAGUCUGACUGGACGCUGUUACUGGGAGGCUGAAUGGAGCGGAUAUAAUGCUGAAAUAUCAGUGUCAUAUAAAGGAAUCAUCAGGAAAGGAGAGAGAGACUGUGUGUUUGGAUACAAUGACAAAUCCUGGAGUCUGUGGUGCGCUGAUAAUGGAUUUACUGUCUGGCACAAUAAUAACAGAACUGAUAUACCUGCUGUCUGUUCAUCCUCCAAUAGAGCAGGAGUGUAUGUGGACGUGUCGACCGGCUCUCUGUCCUUCUACAGCGUCUCUGACUUACACACACUCACACACUUACACACAUUCAGCACCACAUUCACUGAACCCCUCUGUGCUGGGUUCAGAGUUUAUGAUUCCUCAGUGUCUCUGUGUCAGAUUAAACGAUAAAGAGACUCUCUUCAAAUCCUUUCUGAUGUUCACAUGCACAAAACCCAUCAAAUCUCACAUCAUUAUAUUUGUAUGAAUUCAUUUUUAAUUAAUUUUUCAUUGUCAUCUAGAAGUUAUAAAUCUAGUUUAGACACGCAUACUGUUCUGAAUCUUUAAUAAACUGAGUAAUAAAGUUGAUUUAGUAUUUAUAAUGUAAACUGAUCAUUAAAUGUAAUAAAAGUACAUUUGUGACUCAUUUAGUCAUGAACUCGUUUAUGAAUCACUGAUGUGCACUGAUAACAGUAUGAAUAAUGAUGAAUGUGAUUGAGAUCAGCAGAAUGAAACAGAGGCUGAAUUGACUCAGAAUGAAUCAGUCUCUUGAUCGUCUGCUUUAUUUUUCUGUCUGUGCUGAUUUAACACUCAAUUCACUAAAUGAAUUCUGUACAAACACUCACAGUAUCGCUGCUGAACACAGUUGAUCUCGCUGUUCAGUAAUUCCAGUCUUUCAGGAGCUUCAGAGCUUCAAUCUGCUGCUUGAUCUCUAGAAAAUCUUCAUCAGCAUCUCUUCUUCUGAAAUGAUUGUCUUAGUUUCAUUCAUAAAUCUACAUUAAUAAAGUACUUUAUAAUAUGAAACAAGUCUUUUAACAUCUUAUAUGAGGCUCAUACUCUAAAAGGUUUGAGUUACAAAGAGAGUCAAUAUAUCUGUAACAGAAUUUUUGUGUUAAUUUAAAUAAGCCCAGACACCAACUGUUACAGCCAGCUGCUGGAGUGCCCAUCUCAGUCACCAGAGGGCACUCCUCCUGGAUCAUUGUUUGUCUGUCCUGGACUUCGUUUCCCAUAACCUCUUGCACUGAUUAUUGUUUUAUUACUGCCAGCUGUUUGUCAUUCACCUAUUAGCUUCACCUGAUACAUACCUCGCUCAUUGUGUCCUUGGUUGCAUCAGUAUUGCAUUCUGUUUCCUGUUAUGUGUUUCUGUGUGCUGGAUUACCUUGUGUUUUUGCGUUGUUUUCGGAUCACUGUUUGGGAAUCAAUAAACUGUACUUGGUUCUUCAAUGUUUCCCUGAAUAUUCCAUGACAGAAUACUGAUAUAACUUCAAGAUGCAGCACUUUAUCACCUUUGGACUGUGGAACUCCAGAUUUCUCCUGCUUCUAAGAAGGAGCAUAAAACUCAGCUCCAGAUGUUGGCGGCUCGUCGUCAACUGGGGAUGGGAGUAGGAGGUAUUGAACAGACUUUUUGGACUUUGGCGGUGGGACUGAGACUUUGUGACUCUGAUUUAAACAAGAUAUUUAAUGAAUGCCUUGAUAACCGGUGCCACUACUAAACUGUGGUAACAUGAGCCCCCAAUAAUCAAGAAUCUUAAGUCCCUCCAUCUCCCACAGAGGCAAGGGGAGUUUGUUCCCAUUGCUGUUUCCCCGGAGAUGCCUGAGUCUGCUACACCUUCAGAGGAUAGUCAGGGGGGAGGGCAGCAAAAUCUGCUUCUGUGGACCCAUGUCCAGUGGUCCUUGAGGACCUGACUCCGGUGGUCCUGGAGAACCUGACUCGAAAGUUGCUACAGAGCUGCCUGAUUUCACUGCUGCUACCAUAAUCAAGAAGGCCAUCUUUGCCUUUAACCUCUGGGCUGUUCUGCAUGCAUGGGCCACUUCGGAGUCCACUCACAAGUCUGCUCUGGUCCGGGAGUCCUCAGAGUCAACUCCAGAAUCCACUCCAGAAUCCAUCCAUUGGAGCUGCCAAUGAUGCCGUAUUCACGGGCAAGAAAAACACUGCUAUGAAAGGAUUUGAGAACUUAAGUGCCCACAGUCAGGGGUCAGCACAGAGGAUGGGGAACUGACAGCAGCAUCCUGGAAGUGGUAUGGGGUGAUUGAUGCUGUAUUAGGCUCUAAGCCAUCCAUGACCCCACCACUGCUCAUACAGUCUGGCAGCAAGGAUAUUGCUGAUCAUUCCUCACUCUCUGUUGUUGGCCCAUCUGCACCAAGAAAGAGAAGGGGAACUUUUAAGAUAUCUCAAGGAGAUGGCAAAAAGAGAGGAAGAAGCCCAACAGAGAGAGGAAGAGUUCAGGGAGAGAAUGCAGAGGAGAGAGGAUAUGAGGGAUGAAGAGAUUGGACAGAGGGAUGAGGAAAGGAAAGAGGCUGCAGUAAGAGAGGAGAGGUUCCUCAGUUUAAUGGAGAUGUUUACCAAUCGCUUUCAAAAAAUAGCUUAUUUUUUUUCAUUCUUUUGAUUUGCUUUGUUUUUAUACAUUUGUAUAAUUUUAUUUUAGUUUUUUCAUUGUUUAUAGACUCCUUGUUUUUGAAGUUUUCAUGCUGAUAUGGCAUACAAAGAAAGAUCUGAAAUAUC